CAAGCACAACACACACAAGUCUCUGUUUUAGCAGAGCAGAAAACAGGGAAGAAAAAGAAAAAAAGAAAAAAAAUGGCCUCGUCAUUUCCCAUGUAAGGAAGAAGAGGCAAGAGGUUAAAGAAAAAGAAAAAGAAGAAAUUUUUUGUUACGUCGAGGAUUUUUGUUAAGGCGAAUAUCUUCGAGAUUUAUUCUCUUCUUUUUCUGUCUCUUUGUUUGGUUUAGAGUCUUUAGAGGAUUUGAAGUUAUGGGGACGGAGGUGUUACGGCCUCAGGACUGUUUGAUCGGACGUAUCAGAGUUCCUCAGCCGGCGGUGUUUCAUCGCCGGAGAAGUUAUUAUGGAAACGUUAACCCUAGUUAUGUGUCUAACCCUAGAUCUAACCGGAAACCGGCAGUCCGGUCAGAGAAACCGGACCAGAGAAAGCGAUUCGUCGCGAGCCAGUCGGAGCCGUCGGUCUCGAAGAGGUCGGGGUCCUCCGACGACUCGAAGACGGAGAGGAGGAGCCUCUCGAUGGAGAAAGUGACGAUUCUGAGGAGAGGCGAGUCGCUGGACUCGACGAUCAAGAGCGAGGCGCUGAGGAAGGAAGGCGAUGGUCUGAUGGUGCUCGGAACCGAGAGGCUCGGCCCGGACCACCCGGAAAUGGUGCCAAAGCAGAUCCGGGUCGUGGAUCCGAGGCUUUCGCCUCCGGUGGCCGGGAAAUGCGACAUGUACGCCGGAUCGGCGUUCGCGAUGUCACCGGAGCCCAGCUCCCUCCCGUUGCCGUCGUUCUCGAAGAAGAAGCAGGUCUCGGUGAUUGUCGACGACUCGGCCACCAGAGAUCUGAGGCGGUUGCUUCGGCUCGAUUUGUGAGGUUCCAUUUCCAAGCAGGUGAAGAACCGGGUUUUCGGAUCAUCCGACCCGGUUUUAUCUUUCGGAUCCGAAUGAAUUUCGCUUUCUCUCUCUAGAAUCUUCUUUGCGCCGCGACGUCGUCUCCACUUUAGCCUCGAGUUUCAGGAUCUGAACCGUCCGUGAUUUUUUUAAACGGGGGGUAGAACUGAGAAUCGAGAAAAUUAUGGGGCGAGUUAGAUAAUGUUUAUUGUUGGGGUAUUUUCGUUUCUGUAAGUUUCUGGGGUUGUUUGGGAAAUAUGUGUAAUUUAGUGUUGUAAUCUGAGAUGGAAAAUAAGUUCAAAAAAAAGAAAAAAAGAAAAAAAAAAGUUGGGACAUGGGGGAGUUGAUUUGUGAUAUGGGGAAAUAGAUGGGGUUAAGUUAAGUACGAUGUGAAUGUUUCUGCUCUGCUGUAGUGCUGUGAAUUUGUGAGAGCUUUUCUACCCUUUUGUAUUGUAAAGUACGAUAAACAUUAGGGGGGAAAGCUAAGCGGAUUUCGUAAUUUUCUUUGGUUGCUAUGUGUUAAUUGUGUACCUUUUCUUGUAAUCUUAUGGCUUGUAAAGAACAUGUUAAUGUAUCUUCAGAUGUUUCCUUUUUA